AUGUCCUCCAAUCCUCCAAUCCUCCGUCCUCGCCCCCGUCGCCCUUUUGAACUCAACAUGGAGAGUCCCUCCCCUUCUCCCUCCACAUCAGAGUUCUCUUCAGCCAGGCCCCUCGAGUCAAACACCCAGAACUCCAGCGAGCAGGUCGCCCACUCCCCCACAAGUCCUUCCAUCCUCUCAGGGUCCGAUCGCAACCAUGACGCAACUGACCCGCCGUCCCGCACCCGCUCCGUCAUGAACCUCACCUCCUCCACCCUGGUCGGCAUCUUCGGUCCAUCGAUUACCACGUCGGAAAGCAUCGACGUGUCCGAGGCAGCAACACCGUGGAGCACCGGCGCAGAGACUCCCGCUCACAGAAUGAGUGGAUGGGACGACGACUCGGGGGGCGAUCUCACGAUGAGCUAUAGCGGCGGACAUGCUCCCGGUACGGAAGUCAACCCCGCGAGCCUACGCGACCGGCUGAGCCACAUAUCCUCGUGCAGACGGAGCGGCGCGUCAAGCUGGAAGGAUUAUUCGAGCGCCCGGAGCAGCACGAAUGAUAGAAGAGAGGAAUACUUACGGACUACGAGACGCACAUCCUUGGCAGGCCCAGGUGGAAGGACCCAUAAAGUCUCGGCCUCCCGCCGUCUCUCGCUGUUCUUCCUCCGCACCACCGCGCUCUUCAUCGUCGGUACGCUGUACGGAUCCUUCAUCUCUCACCUACACGACAACCAGAACCUCACGCCAGUACCGAUGUCCGCCCUCAAUAGCCGCAGUUGGGCCUAUCUUGCGUUCUGGGGGACGUGUGGGGUGCUUUGGGGCAAGCUACUACCGUGGGUAGACAGGUUAUGGGCCGAGAAGCUCGGGAAGGAUUGGGUCGGGAGAUUGAUGGAAAACUCCAGUGGGAGAGCCGGAGAGAGGGGGCAGUUGGGGUGGCCUGACUUCGUGCGGGGAGUGGGGGCUUUCGUUGGGAUUGCAUUCGCCAUCCGCAAACUCCCAUGGACAUCCACCACUCAGGCAUCCGUCACGCUCUCAUUAGCGAAUCCCGUCCUGUGGUAUCUCCUCGACCGCACCUCCGCAGGCCUCGCACUCUCCUCUGUCGUCGGCCUCGCCGGGACCGUGGUGCUCCUCCUCACCAACGCCCAGCUCGUCCCCGGUCCCACGUCGUCCUUCUCGCAAUUCGGGAAUUCAUCCGCAACUUCAGCGAUUGUAGGCGGCGGACUCAUCCGUGGGAAUGGGACGUUGGAAUGGGCGAGCUGGAAAGAUCGCGAACUCAUCGGCGUCGCGACUUGGUUUUCUUCCGUUUUGUUCUGCAGUUGCGUCUGCUUUGGGAAUGUGGGGCGUCUGGGACGGAAGUGGACAGCGGUGGGGAGGCAAUGA